UUUUGAUGGGCAUGCCAUGCAGUGACUGGCAUUUUGAUUUUCUAGACACUGUUAUAUGUGUUUGAUUUUGAUCCAAUUGAUUUUAAAGGGAUUAUAAUUUUAGCUUAUUCCGUGUCUACUCACGACUGUUCCUGAAAAAGCCCACGUUUUUAAUUGUUUUCAUUAAUUGUGUCUCAGUUUCAAUAUUUAGAAUGUAGUUGGAUGUGGAUAUGAAUCUUCUCUUCCCUAGUUACUGUGGGCUGAGGUUGAAUUGAACAUUAAUCCAUGUUUAACUGGCUAUCUUUUCUGAUUCUGAUGAGAGCAUGAAAAACUACCACAAGUUGGCUUUGUUCUUUCAAUUAUAAGAGGGUAAAGGAGAAGAUGAGGGAAAAGGGCCAUGCAUGUCAUUGUUUUAUAGCGCAGAUACAAUUUAGCCACGAACUGUUGGCUGUCCCCCAGCGAAACAAAGAAGUUUCAGACGGUGGACCAGGUGGUAGGCGCCCUGAUAUUUCACUUCAAGUUCCCCCUAGACCUACAGGGUUUGGCAGCACUAGUGGUGUAAGGGUUCUGGAUCAUUCUCAAAGUUUCGGUAAAGGGAUUUCAUCAUCAAGAGGCUUCUUGCGGGCCUUGAGCUUCAAAAGAAAAGGAAAUGUAGCAGAUGGCGAAAGAAGUUCCCUCCUUAAUUCAGACCCCAAGACAGCUGCAGACAGUCCUAAUAUGGCCUCCAUAUCUGAAAUUGCAUGGAAAAGAUGUACUUCUCUUCCUGUUACACCUGCAUCAAAUCUGUCUCCUUCAGUUUCUACGCCCAUUUCUGCAAGGGCAUAUAAUGAACAGACUAAGCCUCAUAAAGAUGUUGAUUGUUCUAAGGUUUCAAGGUCCCUUUCUGUACCCGGGCGAAAUGUUGUUAUUGUAAGAUCUGUCUCUUUUUCUACCCGUAGCGAACAGGAGCAACAAGAGUCAAAUGAUGAUCAAAUAACUCCUGUGCCAGUAGAAGUUACUGCCGAUGAAGAAAUUCCUGAAGAGGAAGCAGUGUGCAGGAUAUGUUUUGAUGUAUGUGAUGAAAGGAAUACCUUUAAAAUGGAAUGCAGUUGCAAAGGUGACCUGAGAUUGGUGCAUGAAGAAUGUUUAGUUAAAUGGUUUAGCACAAAAGGAGAUAAGAAAUGUGAUGUAUGUAGGCUAGAGGUUCAGAAUUUACCUGUAACUUUGCUUCGUGUGACUAGCUCUGUUCAAAGAGAAAACAGACAGCUGCAAGGUCAGCAGAACCUACAUCCAGAGUCAAUAAGCGCUUGGCAAGACUUUGUGGUGCUUGUCCUGAUCAGCACAAUAUGCUACUUUUUCUUCCUUGAACAGCUACUGCUUCCUGAAUUGAAGACUCAAGCGAUUAUUAUAGCAUCACCAUUUGCCUUUACGUUGGGCCUCCUAGCUUCCAUUUUUGCAGUUAUCCUACCAAUUAAAGAGUAUAUAUGGACAUAUGCUGCUCUUGAGUUUGCCCUUGUGGCUUUAACCGUGCAUCUAUUUUAUACUAUGUUGCAUUUGACGGCCAUAUAUGCCAUACUACUUUCAUCAGUUUUGGGUUUUGGAGUUGCUAUGGGCAUCAACUAUGCGUAUAUCCAGUUUGUUACUUGGAGGCUUCAGGUUUCUCAUGUUGAUAACCCAGUAUGAAUCUCCUCACAAGGGAAACAACUUCAUCGUAUCUACUGAUAUGAUGACCUGCCACGAUGUUUAUCAUGAACCUUGUGUUUGUCAAUCAAUACCACUACCAUGUAGUAUAUUUUUUUUUUUGCGAAAUAAAUAUCAUGAAGUGUAUAUGCAAGAGAGCAAGAGAAGCAGAAUCUUUUAACAUUUUUUUUCUAUGAAAUUCUAAAUUUAUUUCACUGAAUAA